UGGAGGGAAAAGAAAUAACCACUGAUAAGAGAGGGCAUUUCCCUGGUCGGAGAAUUUCUUUCCUUUUUGCUGUAUAAAAGGAGAGGGCACUGCAAGAUUUUUUUUUUUUAUAAAACGAUUUAGAAUCUAAUUCAAACGCAAAAUGGGAGGCAAAAAUCAAGGAAACUACACAAUCCCAUGUCUCACACUGCAUCAGCCAUGGGCUUCUUUGCUUGUUCAUGGUAUUAAGCGCGUUGAAGGGAGAUCAUGGCCUGCUUCUGUUAGAGGCCGACUUUGGAUUCAUGCAGCUAGUAAGGUCCCAGAUACAGCCACAAUCAAAGCAAUGGAGGACUUUUACAGGGAAAUAUAUGCUGUUGAUGGGAUAUCAGACCUCAAAUUUCCAGAACAUUACCCAGUCUCGAAACUUCUAGGUUGUGUUGAACUUGUUGGCUGCAUAAAAUGUGAAGAGCUGGUAUGCUGGGAGGGUUUACCUGAAGGGGUGAAACUUGAAGGGCAAACAGAUUUUUGCUGGCUUUGUGAAGAACCACGGAAACUGGUAGUGCCAAUUGAGAUGCGCGGGUACCAACGUAUCUAUAACCUUGAAAGAAAGAUAUAUGAGGAGGCAGUUAGAGGUCUUUGUCCAAUUGAAGCACCAUCACCAGUUAAGUUUCCACUCCCAGAUCCACAAGAUCCAUUAUCUUUGAAGCCAGGGUUUCUUGCCUCUAAUCAUGAUUGUUCCAAAAUAACCAAAGUGGCUGAAUCACGGAGUCUUGAUGCUGCUAUAGCUGGCUCGCAGGCAGCUGCUGCACAGUUCUCAAAAAAGAGGAGUUUCCGAUACUCAGCAAUCCAAGAAGAAGAUAUGCCUGUUUCGACUAGAACGAGAAACAAAAUUAAGGAAGAGAUGCUAGGUAAUGAGUAAUUUGGGAAAAUCAAUAGGAACUUUUGGCUUGUAACAAGAGGCGCAGAGUAGUAAAGUGCAUUGUGAAUACUUUUAACAGUAAUUAUAGAACAAUCAUUAGACUUGAGAAAUGAUACUAAGCGAGGAUACAGGUUGGAACUUAGAAGAGACUAUCAACUCAUGGAAUGUGCUUGGAAUAUAUCUAAAUGGUGCAUCUAUUGACAUGAUUUGCUUGUAAAUUGAGCAAGGUAAUACUGGAGCAUCCUUGGGAUCUCACUGUUAGUGUUAGACUUCACCAGAUUUUGUUGAAGCACAAGUUGUUACUCAUGGAAUGUACUUGUUAUUAUGUGAUGCUUGAAACAAUGCAUAAAUUAAGUGGCAGGAUUUGGCUUUUUUUA